UACGACAGGUAGCGAUAGCAGAGUUUUGUGCAAACAAUAAAAGUAGAACAAAAUAAGGUGUGAUGUGUGCUCGAUGAAAAAGUUUGUAGCUGAGAAAUGUGGUUGAGAAAUUAUGUUACCAUGAACUCACUGAGUGGUCCUUGACCUUGCGGUCAACACUCCUAGUAGGCAAGAGACCUGUUUCGUACACCUUUCCGUAGUCAAAUUUUGAAAAAAUGGUAUCGGAUUCAUCAUGUGAGGCUGAUGCUGGGAUAAAGCCAUUUGCGGAUUCAAGAUCAAGAAUAGAGGAAACUACCACCGACCACUAUGGAUCUGCGAAUGCGCUGCUUUGCGAGCUGCGUCGCGAGCGGCUGUCGCGCGAACGCGUCGUAGUGCACGAUGUACAAGGCAGAGGCUUGAAAGUGUUGGAACGACCUGAGCGCGAUAUAGGUUCCCAGUUAUGGCGUGAGGGGACUCAGGCGUUGCACCCAGCGGCGCGAACGGAAUUGCGGAGGCUCCGGCCGAUCUGUCGUGAAAACGAAAAAAUUGCAGUCGUAGAACUUGGUUGCGGCGUCGCCCUCUUGAGCGAAAUGUUGGCUUUGGAAUUCGGCGAAGAGGAAAGCGAAAGUGAUCGGCUAGCGAGAUAUAGUGACGCAGACAAUAUAGACCGUCCCGAGGUUAACAAAAGGACAACAAGUCGUGUUGAUAUCAGUGUGGAAGCGCCAGGUGCGACGUUUUCCUCAAUGAAAAAAAAAAAAACUACGCGGGUGGACUUUUACGCUACAGACCAGCAGAAGGUCCUGCGUUAUAGUGAAGAAAAUCUCCGCAGUAACUGUUUAGAAGGCAGUAUUCACCUUCGACCGUUAGAUUGGACAAAUCCUGGUGAAGCGGUGAACCUCAGAACCGAAAUUGCAAGUGGAUGUGAGCCACACCAUAUACAAGACAAAGAAAUUGCAAAGCAGCAUGGAGUAAAAAAUCAUCUGCUCGUUUUGGGUUCGGAGUGUGUAUAUGACGUGCGACUUGUCAGGCCGAUGCUUGAGACUUUGAAGCGCCUGGCACUUGGUGUUGAUAUUGGAAAAGACCAGCGUGAGCGGGAAUUAUUGUUCAAGACAGUGCGUGCUGUUUUCAGUUUCAGUCGGCCCAGACGACAAGCCGAAGAAGAGUUCUUCAAAAUUCUAUUCGAGAGCGAUGAGGAAUACAGAAGUUUUUUCAAAAUCCAGGAAAUUCACACGCGCACUGCUUCCGAUUCACGUGAUACCUUGUGGUGCAGGAAAGCAAAUAUGGAAGAAGCUAAUGAUUAUACAAAAGAGUUCAGUUUGAGCCUUGCUCUUUCUCCCAACAUGUUUCGGGAGGACCUGUACCCAAAAAUAGUUGUCAUUGAUGUCAAAUCAGGCCGAGAUAGAAAAUAAAGAACGAGGGAGUAUACACCAGCACGCGUAAACACUACUGAUCCUAACAAAGCUACACCCUUCAAACAACUGCGAUACUAGAAUGAU